AUGGAUGAUCUCCAGUCCUUGGAGCUUUUUUCGCUCGUUUCGCGAAUCACCGGAGAACUGCAAAACCACUUGGGUGUGAACGACAAGACACUGGCGGAGUUCGUGAUCGACCAGCAUUUAAAAUGUGGUUCCUUUGCGGAUUUCAAAAAGUCCCUAGAGGACAUGGGCGCCGAGUUUCCUCAGAGUUUGAUGGAAAGUAUCGAUCGCCUGGUCCUCACGAUGCAUCCGAAAUACAAGUCCAAAAAGGAAGACAAACCGGAAGACUCGACAGGUGGCAAUGAUAUGGAUGUUCUGGAUGCGUUGGAGAAGAAAGCACGCGUGUUUAAAGGGCUGGCCGUUCCGGAUAAAGUACCUAACUGGGACGACGAAGCGGACACUGCGCCGAACGAUGCGAAUGAAGCCGACGCCCGAGCCGAUGCUAUGGAUGAUACAUUUGCGAUGCUGGAGGGACUCGCCGGGAAAGCUCGCGAAGAGAAAACCCAGACGUCGAGGGAUGAGCGGACUAGCAAGAAGCGAAGCCGGAGCCCGGAUUAUCGUGACGAUCGAGACUCCCGUGGACGCAGAAACCGCGACAAAUAUCGCUCUCGGUCGAGGUCGUACAGUCCCCGCUAUCGCAGGAGAGAUGAUGACGUCGAUGAGUUCGGUCGGUCAGCAAGAAACCGCGACGACAAGUAUCGAAAUGGCCACAGUGAACGACGGAGACGACGUGACCGUGACGAAGACGACGAUUUCCGAAAGCCUCCACCUGUCGAGUUGGACGACCAGCCGAUCUUGUACAAGGUCUACGAUGGACGUGUCACGGGCGUGAAGGAUUUUGGAGCUUUUGUGAACCUGACUGGCGUCAAAGGGAAGGUUGAUGGUCUCGUUCAUGUCUCUGCGAUGCAGGAGGGGGUCCGUGUGAAUCAUCCUUCCGAUCUGGUGUCGCGAGGCCAGCCUGUCAAGGUCAAAGUUGUCAGCAUUCAAGGUUCUCGCAUCGGAUUAUCUAUGAAGGAAGUCGACCAGGCCACAGGUCGUGAUCUUAUCCCGCAGAAACGCCUGGCAUCCGGUGCUAAUAUGGAACGGCUGGAUGCAAUCUCCGGAAAGGACAGAUACGGGAAUCUGAGCUCGGAUGUUCCAAUCAUCGAGGAAUCGGAUGGCAAGCCGAUGAAAAACCGCAAGCGCCUGACCUCCCCAGAAAGAUGGGAGAUCAAGCAAUUGAUCGCCUCCGGAGCUGUAUCGGCGGCCGACUACCCUGACAUCGACGAAGAAUACCACGCUACGUUGACCGGAGAAGGUACCUUUGAAGAAGAGGAGGAUGUCGAUAUAGAGGUUCGGGACGAAGAACCGCCCUUCUUGGCCGGACAGACCAAGAUGUCUCUGGAGCUGUCUCCUAUCAGAGUUGUCAAAGCGCCGGAUGGUUCCCUCAACCGUGCUGCAAUGGCGGGUACCAAUUUGGCCAAGGACAGACGAGAGCUACGGCAGCAAGAAGCUCAGGAUAAAGCCGCAGAAAGAGCCGCAGAGGUGGACCUCAAUGCUCAGUGGCAGGAUCCCAUGGUCGCUCCCGAAGACCGGAAAUUCGCGUCGGAUAUUCGAAGUACCCAGCCCUCAAAAUCCGAUGAAGCUGUGCCAGAAUGGAAGAGAGUUACCAUGGGCAAGAACCCGUCGUUCGGAAAGCGAACGUCCAUGUCGAUCAAGCAGCAGCGUGAAAGUCUGCCCGUGUUCAAAUUUCGAAAGCAACUGCUCGAUGCUGUUCGGGACAAUCAGCUACUGAUCGUUGUUGGAGAUACUGGAUCUGGUAAGACCACGCAGGUAACGCAGUACCUGGCUGAGGCCGGCUUCGCAAACAAUGGUAUCAUCGGCUGUACUCAACCUCGUCGUGUCGCCGCCAUGUCCGUCGCCAAGCGUGUCGCCGAAGAAGUCGGUUGUCGCCUUGGGGCGGAAGUUGGUUAUACCAUCCGUUUCGAAGAUUGUACAAGCCCGGACACGAAAAUCAAGUACAUGACCGACGGUAUGCUACAGCGAGAAGUUCUCCUGGACCCAGAUCUCAAGAAAUACUCCGUUAUCAUGCUUGACGAGGCCCACGAACGAACUAUCGCUACAGAUGUUCUCUUUGGAUUACUGAAAAAGACCGUUAAGCGGAGGCCUGAUCUCAGACUGAUCGUCACCUCGGCUACUCUGGAUGCAGAGAAGUUCUCCGAGUAUUUCAACGGGUGUCCUAUCUUCUCGAUUCCUGGCCGUACUUUCCCUGUCGAGAUCAUGUACUCGAAGGAGCCAGAAUCCGAUUAUCUGGAUGCUGCCCUCAUCACCGUCAUGCAGAUCCAUCUGACUGAACCGCCUGGUGAUAUCUUACUUUUCCUGACAGGACAGGAAGAAAUUGAUACUUCUUGUGAGAUCCUGUACGAACGGAUGAAGGCCUUAGGAUCCUCGGUGCCUGAACUGGUUAUCCUCCCUGUCUACUCUGCUCUUCCUAGUGAGAUGCAAAGUCGAAUCUUCGAGCCUGCGCCACCUGGUGGCCGGAAAGUGGUCAUUGCAACGAACAUCGCCGAGACUUCUAUCACAAUUGACAACAUCUACUACGUCAUCGACCCAGGAUUCGUGAAACAAAAUGCUUAUGACCCGAAGCUUGGUAUGGAUUCCUUGGUGGUGACUCCUAUCUCUCAGGCCCAGGCCAAGCAACGAGCCGGCCGUGCGGGCCGAACAGGCCCGGGAAAGUGUUUCCGUCUGUAUACCGAGGCUGCCUAUCAAUCUGAGAUGCUUCCGACCACGAUUCCAGAGAUCCAGCGCCAAAACCUCUCACAUACUAUCCUUAUGUUGAAAGCGAUGGGUAUCAAUGAUCUUCUCCACUUCGACUUCAUGGAUCCGCCGCCGACAAACACCAUGCUUACUGCGUUGGAAGAGCUCUAUGCUCUGUCGGCGCUCGAUGACGAAGGCCUCCUCACCCGCUUGGGUAGAAAGAUGGCCGAUUUCCCCAUGGAGCCGGCUCUCGCCAAGGUUCUUAUCGCAUCAGUCGAUAUGGGAUGCUCGGAAGAAAUGCUGAGCAUUGUCGCGAUGCUCUCCAUUCAAUCUGUAUUCUACCGGCCCAAGGAGAAACAGCAACAGGCCGACCAGAAGAAAGCGAAGUUCCACGAUCCGCAUGGCGAUCACCUCACUCUCCUGAAUGUGUAUAACGGGUGGAAGAAUGCCAAGUUCAACAAUGCAUGGUGUUUUGAAAACUUCAUUCAGGCUCGCCAGAUCCGUCGCGCACAGGAUGUACGUCAGCAGCUCCUCGGUAUCAUGGAUCGCUACCACCACAAGAUUGUCUCUUGUGGAAGAAACACCACAAAAGUUCGCCAAGCGCUGUGCACCGGAUUCUUUAGAAAUGCAGCACGCAAGGACCCCCAGGAAGGAUAUAAAACACUUGUCGAGGGAACGCCUGUCUACAUGCAUCCCAGCUCCGCCUUGUUUGGCAAGCCCUCGGAACACGUCAUUUACCAUACGCUCGUCCUCACCACGAAGGAAUACAUGCACUGCACUACGGCGAUCGAGCCCAAGUGGCUUGUCGAAGCUGCGCCCACAUUCUUCAGGGUGGCCCCGACAGAUCGGCUGUCGAAGCGCAAGAAGGCCGAGCGUAUCCAGCCGCUGCAUAACCGCUUUGCGGGAGAAGAUGAUUGGCGUCUUUCUGCACAGAGACGUCAGGGCAGAGGUGGGGGAGGUGGGACUUGGGGUUGA